AUGGCGUCCAUCACAGACAUUAUGAAAGCGGACCAUCAGGAGCUGCGAGACGACUACGCCAAAACCAUCAACGCCGCUGACGAGGACAGCAUGACCCGUCACGGUAAUAAGUUCACUUGGGAUCUCGCCCGUUACACUGUUGCAGAAGAGCUUGUCAUCUACCCAGCCAUCGAAUCCCACAUGGACCACGGCAGCGUCAUUAUUAACCGUGACCGCGCCGAGAGCCAGAAACUUAAGGAGCUUCUCGCUAAUUUCCAACCCCUUUCCGCCUCGGACGCUGAGUAUAGGCCUACCUUGGAUGAUCUCAUGAGUAAGAUCGACACGCACAUUAACGAAGAAGAAGACGAAUAUCUUCCGUCGCUGGAGGCGGUGCUGGAUCCAGGGGAAUCGCAAGACCUGGCACGGACAUUUGAACGAACAAAGGUAUUGAUGCCAACAAGAAGUCAUCCCACUGCCGCAGUCGAGCAGCCUGCGUUUGAGACUGCUGUGGCCCUGGUUCAGGCACCUCUCGACAAGGUUGCAGACCUCAUGAGGAAGUUUCCGGAGGAGUAG